AAUCAUCGAUAAGCUAUUGCUAUUUAGCAGCAUUUGGUUCUUCAGAUAAAAUAUUUUUUUUAAAAAACGUAAUGGAUUCUACGGAAAAUAUGGAAACGACUCAACGGGAUGACGAAGCGGAGGAGAACGAGCGUAUUAUUCAGUUACAAGAUCUAAUUGAAAAAAACAUUAAGAUUGAGCAACAGAUUGAAUCCCGCUCAUUUGGCGAGUCCAUGUCCGCCAUUUAUGAUAUUUUAAGUAAGGCUAACGAUAUUGUCAAAGGCUAUGAGGAUCGCAAAACAAACUCUACGGAAUUGGUACUGGACACUGAACUGCUAAGACGUAAUCACGAAGUGGUUGGAAAGGCCAUACAAUAUAAUUCGAACUUCACAGACCGAAUGUUUUGCACGGCAAUUAACAACAUUGUUUUUAAAGAUAAUGCCGAAGAUUGGAAUGCAUUGUGCAGCCUCGCUUGCCAGCAUGGAGUGCCAUACUUUACAAACGCCUCGAUGCUACCCUUUAUCAAUGUAGAACCAAAAAAGCACACUCCAAAACAACGUGCAUCGCGCAAAACCAACACAGAUGCAGUCGAAAAACGUCCCAAGCAAAGCGACAAGCUGGAACGGAAGGGCGAAGGUUCUACGGCUGUCAAUCAUAUUAUGAAACAGAUUAAAAAUAUUUACAGAGCGGGCAACAAUGAACCAAUUCCAUAUUUUAAACUAAUCUGCAAUCCCCAUAACUUUAUGGACAGUGUGCAGAAUGCAUUGAUCAUAUCGUUUCUGGUCAAAGAAAAUCUAAUUUCACUGGAAAAUGGAGCAGAUGGCUUGCCUCAAGUAAAACUCAACAGCCACUCUAAAGAAAGCGCUACGAAUGAGUCCUGUCAAGCUAUUUGUUGUUUAGAUGUUGAACUCUGCGAGAAAUAUGCUAAACACUACAAUAUCACGGAACCACUCUUGAAGCGCUCAGAAACCGAUGAAAAUUGAGCAUCUAAAAUCAUCACAAGUAUUUUUAGUAUAAGUAAGAGCACGCAUAAAAUAGUUGAGCUCUACUGUUAAGAUAGUACCACGCUCCGAUUAGAACGCGUGCUCUUUAUGAGAAUAACAUUCAUUACUUAUUGAACACGUCUCGCAAGAGCAACACGGAGCGAAGAGAAAUACAGUACAGUCCAUUUUCGUAGCUGAGAUGUACUGUUUAUGUAGAUUUUAGUUUUUAGGACAAAAUAUUUUCAAAUAAUUCGGAAUGUUCUUAGUUGUGCUGUAGGCUUUUUUAAUGGCACACGCAGUUUACGCGGAACGUCAGACUCAAAUGUUUAUAUAUUUAUAUAUACAAUUCAAAUAAUAGAGAACAAAAUGCAGUUGAUAAAGUAAUAUAAUGUAAUAUUAAAAAUGAUUAAAAUUGCGACUCAUUCGAUUCUAA